AUGCAGGGGAUUCAUUGCGUUGCCGUGCUCCGCGAGAAAGCCUUCGCCGAGUACCCCGGCUACACGCCCAUGGAGGAGCACCGACACAGCGAAGGCCCGAAACAAUGGAUUCACCUCGGCCAUUGCGCCGAUAUGCUGGUCCAGUUUAUCCUCUGUAACGCGGACCCGGCGAUACUUACCAUGUCGUACGUGGAGCACCAGGAGGCCCCCUGGCCGGACUUCAACAUCAACCGCCAGUGUCGGGAUUACGGGACCCUGAUGGAAUGGGCGAAGAGCAGGGAGAUCGACAGGGAGAAUUGGAGGCCGUGGCGCCGCAGCCCAAGGAUGCGUAUCUGUGGCCGAAUCCGAUGCUGCAGUUCAAGAAUGGAACGUUAG